GUGUGAUUUCAUUCCCUCCAGCGGCCAGCAGGGGGCGCGCUCAGUACUGGCAGCCGUAGUGGUUACUGUUGUGCUCCUCACUCAUUCCCGAAGAGACACACGGCUCAGGGAUAGAGGACGAGGCAGCGCUGUGCUCCCGGGCUGCUCUGCUCACCUCUCUGGAGCACUGGCUGCAUCUCCCCCUCAUACACAGGACUUCUCUGUCAGGCUCCACACUUCACAGGGACAAGGUUGGGUGGAAGCUGUUAUGGAAGAGGAGAAAUAUCUGCCAGAGCUGAUGGCAGAGAAGGACAUCCUGGACCCAUCAUUUGUGCAUGCAAUGCGCCUCCUGGCCGAAGAAAUAGAAAAGUUUCAAGAGUCGGAGGCAAAAAAAGAAGAUGAGGAAAAGAAAUACCUAGACAUCAUCAGCAACAAAAAUAUAAAACUAUCAGAGAGAGUACUGAUACCAGUUAAACAGUAUCCAAAGUUUAAUUUUGUGGGUAAGCUACUUGGCCCAAGAGGGAAUUCUUUAAAAAGAUUACAAGAAGAAACUGGAGCAAAAAUGUCUAUCCUGGGAAAAGGGUCAAUGAGGGACAAGGCAAAGGAAGAAGAAUUAAGGAAGAGUGGAGAGGCAAAAUAUGCACACUUGAGUGAUGAACUCCACGUAUUAAUUGAAGUAUUUGCUCCACCGGGAGAAGCCUAUUCACGAAUGAGUCAUGCUCUGGAAGAGAUUAAAAAAUUUCUUGUUCCGGAUUAUAAUGAUGAAAUUCGACAAGAACAAUUAAGAGAGCUGUCCUAUUUAAAUGGUUCUGAAGAGUCCAAUCGUGGAAAAGUAACAAGGGGUAGAGGAAUAAGAUUGGUUGCAACCACUGUAGCCAGGAGUCGUGGAGGGGCCACACCACAUCCACUGUCUGGACGUGGCACGCCAGGACUGAGAAGUUCUCCAGUAUUACGAGGAGCAUUGCCUCUACCACCUGUAGCUCGUGGUGUUCCUGCAGCACGGGCAAGGGGAGUUCCAACUGCACCUGGUUUUAGAGCACCACCACCUGCCAUUGAGACGUAUGAUGAUUAUGGCUACGAUGAUGGCUUUGGAGAGGAUUAUGAUGAGCAAAGCUAUGAGGAUUAUGAGAACAAUUACUCAACACAGCUACAGAGUGUUCCAGAAUAUUAUGACUAUGGACAUGGGACAAAUGAAGAAAACUACAACAAUUAUGGGGAGGAAGAAUGGUCCUCAUCCCGAUCCAGUUUAAAGGCACCACUACAAAGAACAACUAGAGGCGGUUACAGAGAACAUCCGUACGGUAGAUACUGAAGGUCUUCAGCAUUUGUGGCCUCCUCUUAGAGACAAUAAAUUGCCUUAUGGCUCUGCAUAAAAAAGCAACAUGACAAAUAUUACGCUUAGCCAAGAGCUGAGGAUUUAAAGUAGAGGGAAAGCUUGAUACGAAGUUUAUCCUUUUUAAGAAGAAACUGCAGUAAGGGUCCUACAGCAUAAAUAUUGUGCUGAAUGAAGUUGGAGAGUCAUCCUAACUAUUCUGUUCUGAUAUCCGUUCAUUGGACUAUGCCUGGACACAAGAAGAAGAAUUACAGUGCCAUAAAAGGAGAAGUAACAUCUAACUGAAAUAUAUGAAGAAAUGGGUCAGCUGAUGGAUAUAACUGACACAUCAACAAUCUUCUCAACAUAAACAGGAAGCCUGCAUCAUAUAGCUGCAAAAUCAAUCACAAAAGGGCAAGUUAUCCUAUGCAUUGAAUCAUUGAAUCAAACCCUCCCUUUUUUGAUAACCCUAUAUAACAAUGUGUUUCCUGAAUAAAGUAUGCCAGUGUGCGCUUCCACCUCGGCUGAGUGAGGAGUUUAUACCAACUCUGUUUCUGGUGUCAGUUCCUGUUGCUGGCACUCAGCUAUUUAUCUCAAAUUAGGACAUCAUCAGUCACUCACGAUUGUGGUUGAACCAGAACCCAACCAAGUCUUGACACAUUCAUCCCCCACCCCUGCUUCCAUUGACCAUCCACCCCUGCUUCCAUUCACCAUCCACGCACACCCAUUAUUGUUUCCAUUGUUUCUCCCCAACCCCAGUAUUUUUUUAAAUAAAAGCAGCCAUUUUUCCCACCGGAGCCCAGCAGCACCCCUGGCAGUACCUCCCGGCACCCUGGGGUUCCGUGGCAUCACAGUUGGGAAUCACUGCUCUAUAGGAUUGAAUAAAGAAUAGGAAUAGGGAAGAGGAGUCAAGUCAGAAAACUUACAAGCCUCUAGCCAGAAAAAAUAAAACAUUCCAUAUGUAUGAUAGAUUAGCCCAGUGUUUUCCGAACAGUGUGUCUUCAGCUGUUGCAAAACUACUAGCAUGCCCAGACAGCCAAUGUUCGCAACAUGGCCUGCACAUUGGUAUAUGCAUGGGGGCAUAGGAUCUGUCACGUGCAUUCUCCAGCAUAUGGAAACACAAGCUUAGUCAAUUGCACUUUACUAAAAGGCUUUUUUUUUUAUAAUAGGAAUCAACACAGUUUAUUUGCUCUAAAUAUUUCUAAAUAAAGCUAUGAAGUGUUUGGAAAAACUUGUACUAUUAAGCUGUGCUCGCACAAAUGUACGGCAUUAAAAUGUCCAGAUUCUAGUAAUAAAAAUAGUUCCAAGACAUUUGGCUAGAAAUCUUUUACUUCUCUUCAAUAAAAUCUCAGAUAGACAGUUUUUUCUGUAUCUUUGCACAAUAGAAAUCAAUGAUGAAAUACCUUUUUAUCUUGUAACAUUAUGUACAAAUGCGGUGUAAACUGGGAAUAAUAUACACAUAUUUAAAAAACAUAUAUAAAUAAAUAUGUGUGUGUGUUCAACCAAACUGUAAAGGGAAACUGACAAGCUGUUCACCUACACUAAACUCAAUAUACUGGGUUAUAGUUCUGGUGCAUAUCAUUAAAAUGCGGAGUCACUUACUUGAAUUAAGGAAGUAUUGUCAGCAUUACACAAAGUUUCCCCUUUUUUGUUGUUGAAAAAAUGCCAAUAAAAAUGCCCAUUCUGCCGCAUGGCAUUUAAAAAAAAUAAAUUUUUAAACGUUGUGGCCAGAUGUUAGCUGUCACUUGGCAUAGCAUUGUUUUUACCCAUUUGGCAGUUUUUAUUCUUUUUUGGACUUUAGUGAUCCAAAAAAGGGAUGGAGAUAGCUGUUUUUUAUUUUAUUAAAUUCCAUAGGUUCCCAUUAAAAAAAUAAAAUAAAUAAACAUACGGUAAACAUAGAUAAAGAUAGAAACAUAGAAUACGUUGGCAGAUAAGAACCAUUUGGCCCAUCUAGUCUGCCCAAUAAUCUGAAUCCUAUCAAUAUUCCCUGGACCUAUCUUAUCUGAAGGUUAGCCUUAUGCUUAUCCCAUGCAUGUUUAAACUCCUUCACUGUAUUUGCAGCAACCACUGCUGCAGGAAGGCUAAAGUUUACAUUAAUUUUAAACCUUCGCCCCUAUAAUUUAAAACUAUGUCUUCUUGUGGUAGUUUUUCUUCUUUCAAAUAUGCUCUACUCCUUUACUGUGUUGAUUCCCUUUAUGUAUUUAAAAGUUUCUAUCAUACCCUCUGUCUCUUCUUUCUUCCAAGCUAUACAUGUUAAGGUCCUUUAACCUUUCCUGGGAGACCAGAAAAGAAGACUGCAGCAGAGCAGCAGAAGAAAGGAAAAUAGACAUUCCAAAUAAAUUAUAUAUUGAAUAACAUAUAUAAUAUGUCGCUGGGGCCUGACGAAGCACGAUACGGUGCGAUACGGCUGUGGCCCGACGCCUGACUUCCCCCUGUAACAUCUUCAGCAUCCCGCUGCUUCCUCGCUUGACCGCGAUGUUCUUCGGUAGAAUCACCUCCAGCAAACCGGAUUUUAUUUUUUGACAUACACUUGAAAUGUCA